UUCAACAAAUGUCGUGAAAAAAACUAGACAUAAGUUGAAGUAAAUCAAGUUUUAUCAAAAUUCAAACAAUAUUUGUGAAUUUUGAUACCUUUCACCUCGGUUUAUUCGUUUGUAUUUUUAAUUUGUUAUAAAAUAUUUUUAUGAUGUAGAAUAAUUACAUAUUUUGUGUUGGGUUGGGUUUUUACUUAAAAAUAUCGCCAACCCGACCCAACCCAAUUAGAAACAAACCGUAGGGUUUAAAUUUUUUUGGGUGGGUUUGGGUUUAAUAUUUCCCAAACCGUAGUGCAUGGGUCGGGUGAUUAAAAUGCCUAAACCCGGACCACCCGACCCAUGUACACCCCUAGCAAGCAUAGGCGUUCCUUAAUCUGGAGCAACAGGCAAUGAGUAUGAACUUUAAGAGUCUUGAUACACUAAUUAUUUGUUUGGGAAUCACAAGGCUGUGUUAUCCAUAUUUACCGUAUUUUGUUUUCUUAUUUGUUCACCAUAUGUAUUUUUCAACACAAAAACAUCAAACAAAUACUUCCUAAAUAAAUGGUAUGACAUGGGAACAUAAAUACCAUGUCUAAACGACAUGAAAGACUUACACCUCAAAUGUAAUCCAUCCCUCUUAAUAAUACGAUGUGAGUUAACUACAAGUAUGACGAUUUAUAGUUAGCCCAUUCAUUUCAAUUGUAGGAUACCAAAUCCAGUAACCUCUCCUGUAAUUAAGUGUAAAACCUAAUUGUGACCCAAUAGAGGAACUUUGGCCUGGACUUGUAUGGUCAUUAAGCUCACCAGCUCCUGUCUAAUUGAACAGAAUAACCUAAUCCUUUUGUCUCCUACGAAAACAGAAACCUAACCCUUUGGACAAACCAAAAAUUUCAAACUUUUUGAGUGGAAAGUUUUGACACCCACAGAGUUGAUUAUCGAGAAGGUCUACAGACAAAAAAAAAAACAGGUUAUCAGGAAAGCUAGCUAUCCAGUUGGUCGUUGUUUGGUGAAGAAGCAAUACGCAAAAUGGAUGUCCAAACUUUUCUCAUUCCACAUUUCAAACAAGCGCGUGAAUACAGUGGAUUCUCAUACCACAGCUUUCCUCCUAGUUUUGACUUUUGAUUAGGGCUGGAGGUUCGGUUAUCGGUUAUCGGUUAACCGACAACCGAAAAUUAUAUUUGAAAACCGGUUAUCCGGUUAACCGAAAAUAACCGACCGACCAUCCCCUCACCAAAACGACGUGAAAAUACCCGGUUAUGAAGUUUAUAACUUUAUGUUGUUGAAUUUGAGACAUUAAUUUGGUGAUUUAGAUGUAUUUUCUAUGUAAAAGUGAUUGAGACUUUACUUUGGGUGUGAUUUAGAUGUAGAAAUGUAAGUUAGAACCUUUCAUUUUAGGCGAUUCUAAUAAUUUUACCCAGUUAAAACCGAACCACCAUCAUUUUUUCGGUUAUCUCGGUUAACCGACCAACUAACCAAUAACUGACCGGUCGGUUAUUAGUUAACCGAGGCAUUGACGUCGGUAAGUGUUCAGUAGAGGGAGAUAGUGGUUCGGUUAAAUAUCAUUCAGCUCAGUGUGGGGAUUUGAUAAAUGGGUGGAUUUGACGGUUAAAUAUCAUUCAGCUCAGUCCUCUCCCCUUCAUUUUCAUUUCGGCCCAAUUAACUUUUAAGUUUACCCAGCAGCCCAGAUCGAGCCCAUUCGAUACCCAGCCCAACUCCAGCCAUUCGAACUCCUUCCACCUCUCUUCAUCUUUGCUCACUGAAGAUAAAGCAAGCAAGUAAAAGGAAACAACAGCCAAGAAGAAGAAGAAGAUAAUGAGGCAUUUCGUGCUAGUCCAUGGCGCCGGCCACGGAGCCUGGUGCUGGUACAAAGUGAUCGCCGAGCUGAAACAAGCCGGCCACAAGGUCACCGCCCUGGACAUGGCCGCCAGCGGGAUCGAUCGACGGCAGGUGGAAGACGUGCAUUCUUCCGUCGUCGAGUACUCGGAGCCGCUGUUCACCUUCAUGGCUUCUCUCCCGGCGGGCGGCGAGAAGGUGAUUCUGGUGGGCCACAGCAUGGCCGGAUUCACCUUGUGCAUGGCCAUGGAGAGGUUCCCGGAGAAGGUCUCGGUCGCCGUCUUUGUCUCUGCCGGAAUGCUGGGGCCUGAUUUGACCUUCGAAAUGGCGGAUAAGAAGUAUGCUGAAUUUUCGGUAAUGGCGGACCCAAUGGAUUCUCAAGUGAUAUAUGGGAAUGGCCCGGAUAAGCCUCCAACAGCCUUUUUGCUUGGCCCCAAGUUCAUGGAGACACAGUUCUACCGCUUUUCUCCCCGCCAGGAUCUGGAGCUGGGAAUAACGCUGGUGAGGCCAUGUCCAACAUGGGACAACGAAGAAGCUAGGAAAGACACGGUCUUGACAAUGGAGAAGUAUGGAACAGUUCCUCGUGCGUAUGUCGUGUGCGAUAAAGAGAAAGACGGCGCCUUCCAGUGGUGGCUGAUCGAGAACAACCCUCCGAAGGAACAUGUCGUGAUUCCUGGUUCGGAUCACAUGGUCAUGUUUUCCCAACCUCUUCCACUGUGUCAGUAUCUCCUCGAACUCGGAUCCAAAUACUUAUGAUCUCUCGUGAUAUAUUAGAACUGUAUCGAUCGAACUAGCUUUUUUGUCUUUGCAUUACAUUCCAUUUAGUUUCUGCAUCAUACAAAUUGCAUCCAUUUCCCAAAGAGAUCAUCAAGUACAGUUCAUUCGUUUUUCAACUAGUUUUGUGUGUGUUCAUCACUGGAUGGUGGUAAAUUGCAACUACACCAGUUCUCGACACAUUUACAUGUAGUGUUGGGAGAGCAUAUAACUGAGCAUAUGUUGCCACAAUCUCUAUCCUGCUUGCACUGGCUCAUGGGAUGAUAUCCUGAUCCGCUCGCCCUCCCCUCCACUCCUGCAUCUGCAAACAUGAAACAACAACAACAACAAUAGUUUUUGUAAAUUAGCAAAUCUGUUUCGAGUUUAUGCCAAUGGAGAAGAGAUCAGAGAAGGAAGGGAUUGGAGAAGCUAUUCACUUUGUGUAAUAAGGAAGAGAGCAAGGAACAGGGCAAUCAGCAUUCUGGAUGUGUUCUUCAUUUUUUUUUUUGGGGUAUCUGGAUCCUUUUAUGCAGCAGUGAAAAGGUGAAGAAAUCUGCUGGUGGGAGGUUUUUAAUCUGUAGUGUGGGUGUGUAAUGACUAAUGAGGAUGAUUUCAUGUCAGAGGAGAGGAUCUCUGCUAUUUAUAAGCCAAGCUGUUGUGUGUUUCUUGAUAGCUGUAUGAUUGUUCUUUGUGAUAAGUGAUAGUAUUAUUGUGAUUGAUUUAUUUUACAAAAUUAGAUGGUUGAAUAUGGUAUUCGAGAUAUUUAAUUAUUAAAAUUAACAAAAAAAUUAUUUGUAAUUUAGGUAUGAAAUUGGUCCAGGAUUUUUUUUUAUAUAAAUAGUAAGUUUUUGGACCAGAAAAUUAUAAUUAACUAUAUAUUUCAUCAUGUUAUAUAGACAUUUACAUGUAUCCCUAGUGAUAAGAAGGGUGGUAGCAAAAUAGGGGAUUGCUAUCAAUAAAAUACUACAAAAAAUAUGGUCUCGGAUAAUUAUUAGGGAUUGAAGAAAUAUUAAAUAGAGAUAUAUAAGAGAUUUCGUCGUUUAGAAAAGAAUAUUAAAAUGAGACAUUUGAGUUAUAUAAAAAUAUUUUCAAGUUUUACACAAUUUAGAACAUAUAUCUCCCCCAAUACAUUUCAUCCGGUAGA